UCCUCCUCUCGCGUCUUCGUCCACAAUCUUCCCCCUAAUAUUACGGUUGACGGCUUCCGAACCCAUUUCUCCUCACAAAAUGGCCGAAAGGUCACCAUCACCGAUGCGAAGGUGUUGCCACACCGACGCAUCGGCUUCAUCGGGUACAAGACCCCUGAAGACGCCGCAUCAGCGGUCAAGUACUUCAACAAGACCUUCAUCCGCACCACUCGGAUAGCAGUGGAACUAGCACGCACGGUCGGAGAUGGCAACCUCGAACAUGUGAAGGAAGUGCGGUUGAAGCGGAAGCGAGAGGACCGCGAAGCUGCUGCCGCCUCGAAUGGGCCAGUGAAGAAGCAUAAGCAUGAGCUGGAGGAGAAGAUCCAGCAGGACCCGAAGUUGAAGGAGUAUCUGGAGGUGAUGAGCAAUAGGAAGGGUAAAGCGUGGGAGAAUGGGAUGGCUGCGGGAGAGGGGCAAGAUACCGCUGAAGUCGAGGUCCCCGUGGUAGAGGAUAAUGGCCUUGACGAUGGCGAGUAUCAAACACUACCCCUCCCGCCGAGAAUCCCGGAGCCUCCUAAGUCAACCCCGCUACCACCAGAGCCGCCACAGAUACCGGAAAAGGUCCUCGUACCAGAUUCUGAGCAGCCUUCACCCACCCAAGAUGACGAUGACUUGGGGCCGCCUCCCGUUGAGGCUGGUCCUGUCUCGGACUUGGACUGGCUGCGGUCGCGGACAAACAGAGUGCUUGACUUUGCCGAUGAUGAGGAGAAGGUUGAUCCGGUUCGGAAAGACAGUCCUCAAGAGUCGAACGAUCAUGCAGCACCAGUACCAGCGCCAGAAACGGCCGAGGUGCCGGAAGACCAUGAAAUGGAGGAAGAACAAUAUGCUGAUGACAACGUGGACGACCCAAACGUUGAGUCAAUACGCAAGAGCGGCAGAUUGUUCAUUCGCAACCUGUCGUAUGCGACCAUGGACGAAGACUUGGAGCAACUGUUCCAACAGUUCAACCAUUGUCAAGAGGUCCAUGUUCCGGUGGACAAUAACACCGGCUCAUCGAAAGGUCUCGGAUAUGCGCAGUUCUCAAACCCAGAGAGCGCGGUUGAGGCAUAUCAAACGCUCGAUCGGACUAUCUUCCAAGGUCGCAUCCUUCAUAUCCUACCGGCGGCUCCACGAAAAGAUACCAAACUCGACGAGUUCGAAAUAUCCAAGCUUCCCAUCAAGAAACAAAAGCAAAUUCAGAGGAAGUCUCAAGCAGCAUCACAAACGUUCAAUUGGAAUUCCCUCUAUAUGAAUGUCGAUGCUGUGAUGGAUUCCACUGCUGCACGUCUUGGCGUCACAAAGGGAGAGCUGCUUGACCCAACAUCUUCAGACGCUGCAGUGAAGCAAGCAUUGGCUGAGACCCAUGUAAUCCAGGACACAAAGAAAUAUUUCGCGGACAAUGGUGUCGAUCUGGAAGCCUUCAAAAGCAAGGCGAAAGGCCAGACAGGAAUCCUAGUCAAGAAUUUCGACUAUGGAACCAAGGGAGACACCUUGAGGAAGAUGUUGGAGGAGUUCGGUACGGUCACGCGGUUCCUCAUGCCUCCAUCCGGGACGAUAGCCAUCGCCGAGUUUGAGAGACCGGAUCAAGCUAAGAACGCCUUUGCCGCACUUGCAUAUCGGAAAGUUGGGAACUCCCUAUUAUUCCUGGAGAGGGCACCGAAGGAGCUCUUUGCCAAGCAAGGGAGCACAGCGCUGGUCAGCAAAGCUGGCCUUCCGGAUGCAGGUACGCAGCAGAAGGUCUCCACGACAGACUUACUUGAGCCAGAUGACGCUAAGCUCGUGGAUACGUCUACAUUAUUUGUUGGCAAUCUGGACUUCUCCACAACGUCUGAGGGGCUGGCGGAGGUCUUCAGACCUUUGGACGGUUUCUUGUCCGCCAAAGUGAAAAUGAAGCAGAAUACCAAGCGACCUGAAGUCCCACUGAGCAUGGGUUUUGGUUUCUUGGAAUUUCGAACAAAGGCACAGGCGCAAGCGGCUCAGGCUGCCAUGGAUGCAUACAAGCUAGAUGGACACAAUCUCGUCAUCAAGGCCUCUCACCGCGGUGUCGAUGCUGCAGAGGAACGGCGUAAGGAAGACGCCGCCAAGAAAGCGGCGAACAACAAGACGAAGAUUAUCGUCAAGAACCUGCCGUUCGAAGCGAGCAAGAAGGACAUCCGCACGCUGUUCGCCACCUACGGCCAGCUCCGCUCCGUCCGCGUGCCCAAGAAAUUCGACAAUACCAGCCGCGGGUUCGCGUUCGCCGAAUUCACCACGCCGCGCGAGGCGACGAGCGCGAUGGAGGCCCUGCGCAACACCCAUCUGCUCGGCCGGCGACUCGUGCUCGACUUCGCGACCCAGGAACUGGACGACCCGGAGGCAGAGCUCGAGCGGAUGCAGAAGAAGGUCGGGGAGCAGGCGAGCAAGGUCGCGCUUCGGAAAUUAACCAGCGCAGGGAGGUCGAAGUUCACCGUCGGUGGGGGAGAGGAGGAGGACGAC